AUGGCCGAUGAUACGGCUGCCACGGAGGAGGCUCCUAUUACCUUCACUGUCAAGUCAUCGACCGAUGCCAAAUAUACCCUUACACUUCCGCUCACCACCCUGGUGUCGGAUCUCAAGUCGAAGCUCUCGAGCUCUGAAUAUGCCGAUACCCCCGCAGAACGUCAGCGUUUGAUCUACUCAGGCCGGGUUCUGAAGGACAAUGAGACACUCCAGGCAUAUAAUAUCAAGGACGGCCAUACCAUUCAUUUAGUGAAGAGUGCUGCAAGCAAUCAACAACGCCAGAACACAGCUGCGCAGCCUAGCUCGGGUACCGCGGCCGCUGGAGCAACCCCAAGCCCGGCGGCAGCUGGUGUCCCAACUAAUCUCGCCGCCGGUACUGGCAACAACCCACUCGCGGGAUUGACUGGUGCACGAUAUGCUGGGUUCGCACAACUUCCUGGAGCAGGUCUCUUCGGCCCUGAUGGUGGGAUGGGCCCUCCCCCUGAUACCGAGUCAAUGCUUAACAUGCUCGAGAAUCCUCAGUUCCAAUCGACCAUAAAUGAAGCCCUACAAAACCCCGCUAUGAUCGACAUGAUGAUCCAGCAGAACCCCAUGCUUCGCGACAUGGGACCUGGAGUUCGACAAAUGAUGCAAAGCCCCGAGUUUCGCCGUAUGUUGACGGAUCCGAGCUCACUCCGGCAGAUGAUGCAAAUGCAGCGAGCUAUGGGAAUGGGCGGCGGACUCGGAGGUGGUGAUAGUGCUUUUCCCGCCCCAGGUGUAACCAACACGACCGCCGACGAGAACCAAGGUGCUCAACAACAGAAUGCGCAAGCGAAUCCGUUUGGGCAGAUGCCUCAAAAUCCGUUUGGUAAUGCGAACCCUUUCGGUGCUCUCUUUGGAGCCAACCCCUUCACGAACCAGGCGCAACCUCCUGCCACACCAGGAGCAACUCAGCCCGGCGCUACGCAAGGAGCUGAAUCUACUGCCCCUGCCGAAGGCCAACCCCCUCAAGCUGCGCAAAAUCCCUUCGCCUCUCUCCUGAACCCAGCUUUGUUCGGCAACGCUGGACAAGCCGGCGAGGGCGGCGGCAACCCGUUCAACCUUCAGAACCUUCAGCAGAAUCCGUUCCUUCGUGACCCUGCACUUCUCUCACAAAUGAUGCAGGGAAUGGGUGGACAGGGUGCCGAGGGUGGGGCCGCGGGUGGAAAUCCCUUGGCAGCUCUAUUCGGUGGUGGUGGUCUUGGUGGAUUUGGGAACGGUUUCGGUGCCGCGCCACCUACAGACACCCGCCCUCCAGAGGAGAGAUAUGCCGAUCAGUUGCGACAACUGAAUGAUAUGGGGUUCUUCGAGUUCGAGAGGAACAUCGAGGCCUUGCGUCGCACGGGCGGAAGUGUUCAAGGAGCAGUGGAGUACCUCCUCAGCCACCCAUGA